AUGGGCAAGAACAAGAAGGGUCCGAAAGGAAAGAAGGAUGCUGGACAACAAGGGAAGCCCCAGGCAGCCAACAACAACCAGAGCAGCUCGAAACUACAGCUGAAAGAAGUUAAAGAACUGCCAAAAGAGGAUGUGCAAGAAGAAGUGGACUCCGAUGAGGACUCAAAUUACGAUCCAAAUGAUUACGCCGAGAAUAAUAACGUAAGUCACUGUGAAAACAAGAAAAUUCAUUUGCUACUUGAAUUAGGUUUGAAAAUCGAUCGAUAAUGACAUUAUGCGACAUUAAAACUCAAAAUUGAUUGCAAAUAUGGAAAGCAUCGCAAACAAUUGUCGAUUUUUGCAGGUAUUUCUCCCAGACCAAGGUGAUACUGACGCCGAAGACGAUGAACUCGAGUGGUGUGAGCACAUGGACGACAGCGAAGGUGUGGCACUCCGCCAACUAAUCCGGAAGUCAUCCAAGUGUUGCCAGUGCGAGAAGAAGUCUCACUUCUCGUGUAUUCACAAAGAUUGCAUGGAAAGAACCGAUGUGAGCUGCUGCAAAAACGUCGGACACAUUUUUCCGCACUUGGUGGUAAGAAACUACAAAAUCGGAACACUUGUGAGCAAACAAACGGAAUUGCGGUUUUACAGGACAAUGAUCAUCCGGUGAUAGUGCAUCACAAAUUGAAAGUGGUUCUGUGUACGCGUUGUAACAUACGAGCCUCUAUCAGGCAAUUCAUACGGCACUGUGGCGUACCGGUAAGAAAUAUUGAUAACAGUAGUGCAAAAUAUGUGGAGAUAACAUCAUUUGUUUCUACAUUCCUGCAUCUUCUCACGUUUUUAUUUCAAAUUAUCGAUUUUCUUCCACAGACUGAUCACAUAUUGGACGAAGAAUUAGGACCAGAACCGAUGGACGAGUUGCAAGCACUUGUUGGCUUUGUGAAUUUUGGGAACACGUGCUAUAUGAACGCAGUAUUCCAAUUGCUCGGCCAUUGUGGCCCAUUCACCGAUUAUUUCCUCAGUUUUGUAUGUGCCUGUCCUAAGAUAGCUGUAAUGUUAACGUUGCUUUAUUUCAGGAGCCUCCAAAUGGAUGGGAAGGCUUCCCAAUCGCUACCUCCCGGAGCACAACGGCCCACUUUGCGUUCAAUAUGCGUCUGAUAUGGGGAGUAAUCAAGGUUCCGUUUAUAACUCCGUGGAAGAUCAUUCAUGUUUGUGAUUUGCACUGAAAAGCGCAAAAAAUAUAAAUAUUUCUCAGUGCAUACGACAAGAACUUCCAAGUUUUGAGAGUUUCCAACAACAAGAUGCGACUGAAUUCCUACGCUCUCUACUCGAUAUUCUCGACCGCGAACUGAAAAUGUUUGGCAAUUUUCAACAGUUCGGACAAUUCGAACAGUUUCCUGAUGAGUCAAACGGAGACAAUAUCGAUCCGGACAACAACAGACCGCGGCCGACUAUAAUCACGGAAAUGUUCCAGGGAAGACUGGAGAAUCAGAUUCAGUGUCACUCUUGCGGCUUCCGCUCAAGAACCUAUGAAUCUUUCUUUGUACGUCUCUUUUCUCUUGACGUAGCCAGUUCACAUUCCCAAACGUUUUAUUUUUAGGAUCUUUCUGUGCCGAUAGUUGCGGAAGACGAAAUGUUCUUCGAAAAACCCAAGAAGAAAGAAAGUAAAGUGGCGAGCCUGAGAAAAAUUCUGCCAAAACAGAUUGACGGUCUUGACCCAGGACUUCUUGUUCACCAACACAAUGGAAAUCGGACAAGUUUGAGUGCCUGUCUGGACAGAUUCUUCCAAAACAACACUCUACACGGAGAUAAUCAAUAUUCGUGCUCCAAGUGCAAAACGUAAUGGAUUCCAUUAAACGUUCAAUACCAAAUAUGUUCCUUUUUCAGACUUGUCGAUGCAACCAAAUCCACGAAAGCGACUCAUCUUCCAGAAGUGAUAAUAAUCCAGUUGAAACGAUUCCGUCACACUAUGCGCGGCACUCGCAAGGUCGACAAGACGGUCGAGUUCCCGGUGCGCUCAAUGAAUUUCGGACGAUGGACUAAGAGCAAAAAAUCGGCCUAUUAUGAUUUGGCGGGAAUUAUUGUUCAUGAAGGACAUUCUGUGGAGUACGGCCACUAUGUGGCCUAUUGUCGACAUGAGCAGGAUGCAAUGUGGUGAGUUUUUGACCUUGAACAUCUUGCAACCGAGAGUCGUUUUGCAACCGAAACUAUUAAGCGCGGCCCAGAUUCCUGAAAGUUUGAUAUUCAAUACCAUUUACGAAAGAAAUCGCAAUACUUCAAACCUGAUUCAUUGCGUUGUGAUCGGUUGCGUUUAGGCAAUGUGAACAGAAAUUUUUGUUGCACAGUCAGUGCCUAUUCAUUACUUACUAGAAGGACAAUUUACAACCAAAAUGGGUUGAGCGAGAUCAUUUGACAGGUUUUGUUGCGGUUGCAAAACGUCUAGUAGCGCUAAGACAAAGCACAUUUUCAUUAUCAUUUUCCAGGUAUAAAUUCGACGAUCUGAAUGUUUCUCGACAUGAUGCUACGCGAGUAGCCAAAGAAGCACCGUACAUCCUUAUGUACCGAAAGCGCAGACAUGGCAAGAUCAACCGAACUGGAACCAGAAAGCCAACAGAAUCUCCGUACAACGUAAAUGCUUUAUGAAGUCUCGAUUUUAACAAAAAUACAAUUUCAGUUCUUCGAGGCCAGCAAACGAUAUCUGGAACGAUGUCCAGACGCGUGGGAAGUCAUUAAAGAGACACUGGAAAAUGAUGUUGCCAACAACGUAGCCGACAUCAAGAGGUUUAAAGAGGAUAACGAAUUCGAAGAUAAGUUGACUGCCGAAAAUUGCAUUCCCGACGCAAUGACUCCGGCAAAUGUGGUCUCGUCGAGUAGCAUGGAGGAUGUGUACAAGGUUUUCCUGAGAAUGAUGAUAGAUAUUCGCGAAGCGAUUGCAGAGGUAUCAGAAAAUCAUUACUACCUAAACUAAACUAUAAAACAAAUAUAAUUCCAGAAAGCGAACCGGAAAAAUGAAAACCCGGCGUCUGAAGAUAAUACUCAAGUAGCGCUGAACAAACUAGUCGCCUCUAUGGAUGGAUGGUUUAGACUUAUGAUGAAGAAGCAAUGGGUGCAUCGUCAAGUGGUAAAUAUUUUUGAAAAUUUGAUACAAAUGACCAGAAAUUGAGUUUUUUCAGUUGAGACUAGAACACACUUCAAAUGAUAGAAGAGCUGCCAGAGACCGUGAAGAAGCGGAAAGACACAACAGACAAUGA